AUGGCGGAGCUGCGGUCUGAGAGCGGCAGCGAGGAGGAGCUGCCCAGCCUGUCCUCCCUGCUGGAGCUCCACAAGCCGAGGCCCCCGCGGCCCCCAUCUCCCGCCCCCGAAGUUGUGGUGGUGAGCAGCGGGGGCGAGGAGGCGGAGGAGGAGGUGGUGGUGGUGGAGGAGGAGGUCGCCGCUUUGCGUAGCAGGGUCGCGGCGAGAGGGGGAGCGGGUUCUGAGCCCUGCUGGCAGCCGGACGGCGGGCUUUGCGCUAGCGGUGACCUGCUGGCUCCGGGCGGCGAAGGGCCGUGGGGAGACCCAGCGCCGUCUGGAGGAGGUUGUUGGGGCGGUGAAAACAGCACGUGCGGUGCUGAGGGACCUGCGCUGCCGGUCGGCCAAGACGAGCCCAGCAGCCCCCUGGUAAGCGGAGCAAGCACAGAAACGUCCCCCCCUCCCAAGAAGCGACAGUAUAGUCAGAGGGAAAGGGAGGCAGUCUGCCAGGCUGCAUGGGAGAGGAGGAAAGAACGAGAGGCGAAGAGGAGGCUGCAGGAGGAGGAGAAAGAGAGGAAGAGAGCCCUUGCCAAGACGCUGAAAGCUCAGCGGCCGGGAGAGUGCCAGAAAUACAUAACAGUGGUGCUGGAUCCAGCCCUCUUACAGGUAGAAGGUGGUGAGCAGAUCCUUAGGGCUUUGGAGGCUGCCAGUUAUUCCUGUGUGGUUGAGAACCAGGCUGUUCCCUGCAGUAUCACCUGGAGGAGAAAGACUGUGUCGUCUCAGAUGGGAGAUGACCGGACAGAAGAACUAAAUGUCCUGGUUCUGCUUGGCUUGGGGGAGUUUUUGUCCAUGGCUCAGAAUUACAAACAAAAGGUUGACAGCUGCACAGAAGGGCAGAAGAUGACCCUGCAGAGCUAUGUAGCUCACGUGAUGGAGAAGCUACCUGGGAAAAUUCUGGCUCUGGCAGUAGUUGGAGUAGAAAAUUAUUUCAGGUCCCUCGGAGUUCAGUCAAAACAGAGACUGCAACAGGCAGCAGCGCCUGGGAACCAAGAGGACCAGAGAAAAGGGAGAAAAAGGAAAAUUAAGGAUUCUGGCCUGGAGUUAACCAGAAUGGACAUGGAAGAAGCCCUGGUGGAUCUGCAGCUGUGCACACAAGUCCAGGUCAGCUUUUUUGACAGCUGUGAGGAGCUCGGGGAAUAUGCCACUAUGUUCACAAAAGCUGUGGCUGAGGCACCAUUCAAUGCCCUGCAUACAAAGGUACCCCCUGUCUCCCCUGGAGUGACCAACAGCUAUGUCCAGGGGCCUUUAGACGUUCCCCUUCUCGACAAAACUGUGGGCCAGUGCCUGGAGGAGACCGUCGAGCGGUUCCCCGACCGCGAGGCCUUGGUGUUCUGCCGGGAUGGGGUUCGGAGGACGUUUGCCCGGUUCAAAGAGGAGGUGGACCAAGCAGCAGCUGGGCUUCUGGCUCUCGGCCUGAAGAAAGGAGACCGACUGGGGAUGUGGGGACCCAACAAAUACGAGUGGGUUCUCAUGCAGUUUGCAACGGCCCAGGCAGGAAUCAUCCUGGUAGCUGUGAAUCCAGCCUACCAGGCCUCUGAGCUGGAGUUUGUCCUCAAGAAGGUUGGCUGUAAGGCACUGGUGUUCCCCACUCAAUUUAAAACACAGAAAUACUAUGAUAUUCUGAAGCAGUCAUGUCCUGAGAUAGAAAAAUCCAGUCCAGGGGGAAUAAAGAGCAAAAGGCUACCUGACUUAUCCAUUGUUAUCAUGUUGGACUCCAAGCUGCCUGGCACCUUCCACAUGGAUGAAGUGAUGCAGGCUGGGGACAGCAGCCAGGUGAAGCAGCUAAGAGCAGUGGAGCAGACCCUGUCCUGCAAUGAGCCCAUCAACAUCCAGUUCACUUCAGGCACAACGGGAAGCCCCAAAGGAGCCACCCUCUCCCACAGGAACAUUGUGAAUAAUGCCCAUCUGAUCGGUCUGAGGCUGGGGAUCGCACAGCAGGACCAUCGCUUCUGCGUCCCUGCACCCCUCUAUCACUGCCUGGCGUCGGUGGGAGGCUGCAUGGUGAUGGCCCUGCACGGGUCCUGCUGCAUCUUCUCGUCUCCCAGCUUCGAGGGGAAGGCUGCGCUGGAGGCCGUGUCUCGAGAGAAAUGCACCUUCCUCCUUGGCACACCGACCAUGUUCAUAGACAUGCUCUCCCAGCCAGACUUUGACUCCUACGACCUGUCAUCUCUCCAGGGAGGAAUCAUUGCAGGUUCUCCUGUUCCCCCUGAGAUCAUGAAGACAAUUAUGACCAAGAUGCACAUACCAACGCUCGUGGUUGCUUAUGGGACCACGGAAAACAGCCCUGUCACCUUCAUGGGGUUCCCCAAUGACAGCAUGGACCGGAGAACCGAGACAGUGGGAUACAUCUUCCCCCACACAGAGGCAAAAAUUGAGGAUCCAGAAACAGGGAAGUCUAUGCCUCUGAACACGCCAGGGGAGCUUCAUAUCCGUGGCUACUGCGUCAUGUUGGGCUACUGGAAUGACCCUGCCAAGACAAGUGAAGUGAUCACUGCUGAGAGGUGGUACAAGACAGGGGACCUCGGGAGCCUGGAUGAGCACGGCUACUGCAAAAUUAUAGGCCGCUGCAAGGACAUGAUUAUUCGUGGUGGAGAGAACAUCUACCCAGCAGAACUUGAGCAGUUUCUCCACACCCAUCCCAAGGUUGAGGAGGUCCAGGUGGUUGGUGUGAAGGAUUCGAGGAUGGGAGAAGAGGUCUGUGCCUGCAUCCGACUGAGGGCUGGGCAGAACUGCACCGAGGAAGAGAUGAAGGCUUUCUGCAAAGGGAAGAUUUCCCAUUUCAAGAUCCCACGUUAUUUUGUGUUUGUGAGCCAGUACCCACUCACUGUCUCAGGCAAGAUUCAGAAAUACAAGUUGAGGGAGCAGAUGGAGAAGCUCCUUCAGCUCUGAGAUUGGGAUAAAUCAACUGGAGGACCAGCAGCUCUCAGUCUGCUUUUCACCUGUGCCUUGGGCUAUGCAGUGGAGACCUUCCCUCCCUGACAUCAGGCUGAUGGCACUUUUAGUCAAUAAAACAGAGCGCCUUUUUUUCCCA